GCCAUUUCGUUUGGAGUGCCGCUCGCGUGGUGGCCGCCGAUAGCCUGCGCCAGCCACCACCACGAAUCGAUCGAUGGUCCAGGGCAACUUCGCGCCACCCCCGGACGUCUUGGAGCUCGGCCACGACGCACUGUAUGGACCGUCUGACCUGGAUGACGUGAUUGUCGGCGACAACAGCAUCGACAGUAGCAGCGGGUUUUCGUUCUUGCAAAGUCACGACAAUGGUGAGGCGUCCGGCGACGUGUCGCCGUCUUGGACGACGCGAUGGUGCCGCGCAUACAGCCCCGCGCGCAUGCUCGUUGUGUGCGUGAUUGUCGCGAUUUCAUUUGCCGCGAUGGUGUUUCUCGGGUUUGUCCUGCAGCAGGAGAUCACCGACGACAAAACGUUGCCCAACGAAACGUGGGUCCCCGAGAUCACGUCGUGGGACAUGCUCGUGUACAGUCUGCCAAACUCGUGCCGCGUCCUGAGCAUCCUCGGCGUCCUCACCGUCAUGCUGUGCUACGUCCUCAAACGCACGUUCCGGUUCAACUCGAUGCCGCUCUUCAUGCCGCUCCUGUUGUCUCAGCUCGGGUUUCUCACGUCCAGAUUCUAUGUUGCGAUCGCGCCACUCAUCACCGAGUGGCAGGACCGGGUCGAUCCGUGGGCAUCCAACUCGACGACGAGUCGGGCGAACGCGUCCGUCAUCGUCGCUCCGCGCGCCAACAACUCGUCGUUCAUGUGCAACACGACGAGUUACUGCGGCCUCCCCAGCAGCAUCUUGACGACGUCGUUCAACUUGAGCCAGAUCGCGUUCACGAUUGCAAUCACGCUGCGCCUGUUGCAGUCGGUGGGGUCGCCAGUCGAAGCGCUGUGCGACUCGCGUCAACUCGACAAGAUGCUGAACCGGUGGAUCGUUGUCAUCGUGGCCAUGUCGUGCGCCGUGGCGAUCGCGAUCUCAUGGACCACGCACGACGCCGCGCCGACGCAGUGCCAGUACAACAUGUACGUGUGCAUGAGCAAGGAAGCGCAGAUGCUCAACAACAUGAUCGCGCCCGCCGUCGGUCUCGGUACCGUCACCGUGCUCUACUAUCGCAUUCGCGGCAAGAUUCAAGACUUGUACCCGACCAACGCCCGCCGCACGUUCAAGUCGGUCGCGACGCACCACAUUGUCGUGUUUGUCGUGACGUGGGGCAUCUCGCUCUUUAUGUUUUCGCUGCUCACGAUCUUGCGCGAGCUGCCAGACCAAGAGACCCAAAGCCAGACCGUUGCCUGGUUCAAGCUCGCCAAGGACGAGAUGCUCGCGAUGCGGGUCAAGACAGAGUUGAUGCUGCUCACGUUUGUCCCGUACGACCUGCAGGGGUUCCUCACGAGUGUUGUCGCGCUGUGGAGCUACUUUCGGCUCCGGACGCGGUUCGACCUCGGGCUGAGCCUCAAGGCCAUCAACCCAGCCUCGAUCGAGUUUGACGAACCGCUCGCGAUUCUCGGCCAAGGCGCGUUUGCAGUCGUCGUCAAGGCAACGUGGUUUCCGUCGCGGCAGCUCGAGUACGGCAGCGUCCUCGACUGCAUGUUGCAGAGAAAUCAAUCGCACGGGAUGAAGCAACGCACCAUGACCGCCCGACGGCAGCAGAGCCUCCCCGUCGCCGUCAAAACAUUCAAGCUGGAACGCAACAGCGCCAACUCGACGCUGAACGGGAUUCAGGAAGAAGCGUACUUGGCGUCGAAGCUCGUCCACCCCAACAUCAUGGCCACGUACGGGUGUUACACGGUCGGGAGCACGCUCUACCUCGUGUGCGAAUAUCUCGGUGGCGGGACCCUCCAGGACGUGAUCGACACAGUGCAGCCGCUGCCGUACGAGCAAGUGCUGCUGUACGCGCUGCAGAUCGCGUCUGGGAUGGAGUUUUUGCACGGGCUCGCCGUGCCAGUGAUCCACCGGGACUUGAAGCCACUCAACUGCUGCUUUGACCAGACCCACACGACGUUGAAGCUGGUCGACUUUGGCUUCUCGCGGCUCUUCCGCGCCGACCCGAGCACGUCGAAACACCCGACAGCGACGCCACGGACUACGACGACCACCACCGACAAAGACCUCGACACUCGGCGGACGAACCUGCCGCUGUUCAGCAGUGCCACGUCCCGGUUUUCUCGACUGCCCGACCCGCCAAACGAGUCCAGCGACGGCAGCUCGAGUCCGGCACUCCUCAUGACGUCGCGCGUCGGCACUGUGUGCUGGGCGGCGCCGGAGGUCUUGUCCGAGGAAGAGCAGACCAUGUACAGCCUCAAGGUCGACGUGUACAGUUUCGGGAUCAUUUGCUGGCAGCUCUACACAGGCAAGCAGCCGUACAGCGACAUCCCUGGCAGUGUCUUGGCCGUCGAAGAGGCGGUGCUCCAGGGGACGCGGCCUCGCAUCCCGGACGACUGCCCCGUGCACUUUGCCAAGCUCAUGCGGCGCGCGUGGCACGCCAACCCGGACCGACGCCCGUCCUUCGCCGACAUCGUCAGGGUGCUCAUGGGCGAACUCAACCAAUUCCACCUGUACGGCACGGCGCGGAGCGAGCCACCAAGUCCAUGCGACCUGGACUAGCUCUCGUUCCCCCCAUCUAUUUAAUGCGCUAUUUAUCGAAACAGUGUCGCUGUGUGUCAAAGCUGGCUCGGAUGAACUCGUUUCAGUAGGUCACACGUUGACCCGCGUGAUGUGACACAAAGACUAGCUCGUUCCGGAGUCGGCCUGCUUUGGCGCACGCUUCACGUCGGCUCCAUCGAAAGGAGCCAUGCGUCGCUCUUUUGUCUUCGUUUGAAUCGAACCAGCAACAGUCGAUU